AUGGAAAAACAGGCCAAUCAUGAGAUCAGCCAAACAGGCAGUAGCCUGGAAACUGCGGCCCCGGAGAUCGAGAUGAACGAGAAGCGCGAGCAGGCGCUUCUGCGCAAGAUCGACCUGCAUCUGAUGGUGCCUCUCUGGGUCAUCUUCGUGUUUGGCUUCCUGGAUCGAAUCAACCUGGGCAAUGUGGCGGUGCUGGGGAUCCUCAAGGAGUUGAAGAUGUCCGGUAAGGACAUGGCGCUUGCCAUGCAGAUCUUCUUCGUCCCGUAUAUCAUCGCCGAUAUCCCGAGCAAUAUUAUCCUCAAGCGGUUUGCGCCGUCGACCUGGAUCAGUGCUUUGACCUUUUGCUGGGGUAUAACAUGCAUGUGCCAGGGCCUGGUAAAGAACAAAGCCGGCUUGGUUGCGUGCCGCUUCUUCCUAGGCCUCUGCGAAGGAGGCUUCGUCCCCGGCUGCGCAUACCUGAUGUCCAUGUACUACCGGCGCCACGACUUCCAGAAGCGUUUCUCGCUCCUCUGGGUAGCCGGCCUGGUCGCCGGUGCCUUUGGCGGCCUCCUAGCCUACGCCCUCUACCAUAUGCACGGGCUAGCAGGCUACUCGGGGUGGCGGUGGAUCUUCAUCAUCGAGGGCCUGUUAUCGAUUGUCUCUGCGCUGCCGGCCAAAUUCCUCAUCGCCGACUGGCCCGAGCAAGCCCGGUUCCUCAACGCCGAGGAGAAGGCGCUGCUCAAGGAACGCAACGCGCGGGACCUAGGCGGCCACGACGGGGCGAGGAUGGAUAGGCUAGACGGCGCGGCAUGGCAACGCAUCAUGUCCGACUGGAAGAUCUACGUCGGCAGCCUGAUCUACAUCAGCAUCACCGUGUCAGGGUACGCAACCGCGCUGUUCAUCCCGUCGAUCGUCAACUCGCUCGGCUACAACGGCAUCGACAGCCAGGUCCACAGUAUCCCCGUCUGGGUGGUCGCGGCCGUCGUCACCGUGAUCGUCUCGUACCUAACGGACCGCAUGCGGCACCGCUACGGGUUCAUCAUGUUCGGCGUCCUCUUCGCCAGCAUCGGGUAUGUCAUCCUGCUCUGCCAGGGUCCUCCCGCGGAGCUGGGCGGCCUGAACAAGCAUGUGCGCUACAUGGCUGUCUUUUUUGUCACCACGGGCUGCUAUAUCGUCCAGCCGGUGGCGAUUGUUUGGAUGGCGAAUAACCUCGGCGGGCACUAUAAGCGGGCUAUUGGGCUGGCGAUUCAGAUUGGGUUUGGGAAUAUUGGAGGGAUCAUCGCGAGUAAUAUCUUCAAUAAGGAUUCGGCGCCAAGGUAUACUGUCGGAUAUAGUGUGUCGCUGGCGAUGAUGCUGCUCUGUGGGAUCAUGAGUACGGUGUUUGCUGUGGGGGUCGUGAUAGAGAAUAAGAAACGGGAUGAAGGCAAGAGGGACUAUCGGUUGAAUUUGGAUCCCAGUGUGUUGGAUAAUAUGGGGGAUGAUGAUCCACGAUUCCGCUUCUGUCUAUGA